AUGUAUAAAAGGAAAUAUAAAGUUGGUUUCAAAAAUAGAAAAGAGAUAGAAAACCAAAAAUUGUUUAAAUGUGCAAAUGACAAAAGUCAAAAAAAAAUUAGUUUUUCUACAAGUGUGAAACCACUGAAACCUGUGAAAGAUGCAAUUGAAAGUAUGGUUUCUACUGAAUCGCUAUCGUUUGAUAAUAUGAACCCAGUGUCAAAAUUAGCUAUGUCUACUAUUACCUCAAAAGUAGAAUUUAAUAGUUUAGUCAUUAAAAGGCUCAUUGAUAUAAUAAUGUUUAUUGGUAGACAAGGAUUAGCUUUUAUAGGUAAAGACGAAGCAGCUUAUAAUUUAGAGAACAGGACUAUUAAUCAUGGUAAUUUUUUGGAACUAGUAUUGCUAAUUAAAGAUUAUGAUGUUGUAUUGAAUAUGCAUGUUAAAAAUUGUAUUGAGUUAAGUAAAAAACGUAAAGCUAGAGAUAAAAAAAAUAAUAAUAAUCUUCCCCAGGCCCGUGUUGUGGCUUAUGAUUCUAGUGGAAUUGGUUUGUACAAUUUAAUUACAAAAGAAUUUGCUGAAAUAAAUUUAGAUAUGAAUAAUAUUGUACGUUGCUCUUUUGAUGAGGCAGCUAAUACGAAAGGUGUUUAUAAUGGCUUACAAUCACAUUUAAAGAAAAAUGCAAAUCCUUCGUGUAUAUAUACCCAUUGUCUAGGUCAUGUAUUAAAUUUAGUGAUGGUAGAUUCAUCUGAAUGUUGCAAAAAUGCUGAAUUUCUCUUUGGGUUAGUUCAACAAUCUGCUACUUUUCUUUUAGAUUCACAUAAAAGAAUGAAAGUAUGGUCAGAUUUAACAAAAUAA